AUGCUAUUAGACUUAGACCUUAAGAACUUAAGAAUUCGUCGAAAAAUCCUUGUGAAAAAGAUACCCAUUAAAUUUAAAAUUCCUGAUAGACUCAAAAACUCGAUUAUCAGAUUUUUUUUUAAAUCUUGAAGAUGAGAAGUAUCAGAAUUUUUUCUUUAUAUCAGAUCUAUUUUUUUAUUUUCGUCAGAAAAAAUUAAAUUUGCAUGAUUAAAUGAGAUUUUAAAUUUUUAA